AGCGAGUUUCGGUCGUGACUUUUCCGGGGGCCUUGGGGCGUCUCCGCUUUCUCCCUUUAAAGUAAAACGUUCCCCCGACGCGCACCCCCCUCCGCGCGUUCCGGGCCGGGAGGCGGCGGCGGGAGGCGGCGCUGACGCGGCCGCGCGCGGUCACGUGGGUGUGUUGUGGGGGGAGGGCCCGCGCCGUCGGUUCCGGGCGGUUGAGCGAGCUAGAGACGAGCCAGCGACAGGCAGCCGCGCCCGCCGCCGCGCUCUGUAUGCCGCGUUCUCCCGGCGCACCCGCCGCGGAUAGUCUGAGCCGGAGGAGCCGCCGCCGCCGCGGUUGAUGUGGUUGGGCCGGGGCUGAGCAGGCCGCCAAGAUGCCGCAGUCCAAGUCCCGGAAGAUCGCCAUCCUGGGCUACCGGUCUGUGGGGAAGUCCUCAUUGACAAUUCAGUUUGUGGAAGGCCAAUUUGUUGACUCCUACGAUCCAACCAUAGAAAACACUUUCACAAAGUUGAUCACAGUAAAUGGGCAAGAAUAUCAUCUCCAGCUUGUAGACACAGCGGGGCAGGAUGAAUAUUCCAUUUUUCCUCAGACAUACUCCAUAGAUAUUAAUGGUUAUAUUCUUGUGUAUUCUGUUACAUCAAUCAAAAGUUUUGAAGUAAUUAAAGUUAUCCACGGCAAGUUGUUGGAUAUGGUGGGGAAAGUGCAGAUACCUAUUAUGCUGGUUGGCAAUAAGAAAGACCUGCAUAUGGAAAGAGUGAUCAGUUAUGAAGAAGGAAAAGCUUUGGCAGAAUCUUGGAAUGCAGCAUUUUUGGAAUCUUCUGCUAAAGAAAAUCAGACUGCUGUUGAUGUUUUUAAAAGGAUAAUUUUGGAAGCAGAGAAGAUUGAUGGGGCAGCUUCACAAGGAAAAUCUUCAUGCUCGGUGAUGUGACGAUUGUGCUACAGAACCCGAGGACACUGGGAAUUUAUUCCACCUGAAGAAGCAAACUGCCCGUCAUCCUUGAAGAUAAAACUAUGCUUCUGUUUUCUUCUGUUAACCUGAAAGAUGUCAUUUGGGUCAGAGGUCCUCCCCUUUCAGAUUAUGUUAACGUCUGACUCUGUCCAAAUGAGUUCACUUCCAUUUUCAAAUUUUAAACAAUCAUAUUUUCAAUUUAUAUAUUGUAUUUCUUAAUAUUAUGACCAAGAAUUUUAUCGGCAUUAAUUUUUCAGUGUAGUUUGUUGUUUAAAAUAAUGUAAUCAUCAAAAUGAUAGACAUGUUACACUACUAUUAACUAGACUUCAAUAUAUCAGUGUUUAUUUCAUUGUGUUAAAUGUAUACUUGUAAAUAAAAUAGCUACAAACCUUAA